AUGACAACAGAACUAGCGCCAAAACCGCAAGACCCAGAAAUUAAACCAGAACCCUCGCAAUCCAUAGAUCCUACAAAUUUACCUGAAUCAGAAAUUGAUUCAAAAUCAUUAGAUGAAAUACAAAUACUAUAUAAUCAAUUACAAGAAAAAUUUAAAAUUGUAUUUACAGAACUGAAUAGAUUAUUUGAAAAUGAAAGAAAUCAGCGGAAAACAUUAGCAUAUUAUCAAAGACGAAAUCAAGCUAUAUUAGAUAUUCUUGAGAAAUUUGAAGAAGAAGAAGAAAAUGAAGAAAAUGGAACAAAAGAUGAUGAUACGUCGAAAGAAAUUGAAAAUAAUCGAAUAAAACAAAUAAUAUCGAAAGUUCCAAGAUUGAAAAAUACAUUAUCAAAAUUAAUUGAUUCAGAUCAAUUUAAACCUGAUUCAAAUACUUUAUUAAAUUUAUAUUUAAUUGAAAAAAUACCAGAUUUAGUAAACGAUGAAUUUAUACUGUUAGAAAUAAAUCCUCAAUCUGCAGAUUUAUGGUGUAAUAAAAAUACUCCUUUUAUAAAUGGAGAUUAUAAACCAAUAACUUUAGAAACUUUAAAUAAUUUUAAUGAAUAUUCAGGUACAAAAUUUGAUUUAGGUGUUGAUGGUAAAUUAAUUAUAACUCCACAAGCUGCAAGUUCAUCAAGUAAGAAAAGACGUAGAAAAUAA